GUUGCCGGCGCCGCGCUCGACACUCGACUCAUUCUCGCUUUUGCCAGCUACUACUACUAGUACUAUGGUCAAGAUCAUCGUUACCCUCGGCGCUUUGGCGGCAACCGCGCUCGCAGGCUCGGUCACCGACUUCCCCAAGGAGGUCGCUGACCUCAUGGACCCGACGGUCGACCCGUGCACGGACUUUUAUAAGUACGCGUGCGGUGGCUGGAUCAAGAGCGCCGUCAUUCCUGCGGACCGCUCGACGACCGACACGUCGUUCAGUGUCAUUGCGGCCAAGAACGACGUCGUGAUCAAGCAGAUCCUCGCGGCCGGCCACCCCAAGCUCUCCGAGUACUACAACUCGUGCAAGGACGAAGCGUCGCUGACGGCUCUCGGUGUGACGCCGAUCGCUGACGACCUCAAGGCGAUUCGCUCGGCCAACUCGACGACCGAGAUCCUCCACACGGUCGCCAAGCUCAGUAAGAAGAACGUGCCGGCGUUCACGCAGCCCGCUGUGUACCCCGACAAGAUGGAUGCGACGACCAACGUGCUCUAUUCGUUCCAGGCGCCGCUUACGUUUGAAGAGAUCGACUACUACACGGACGCGAGCAUCUGGGGCUUCCUUCAGCCGCUCUUCGAGCAGUACAUUGUGUCGCUCUUCACGCUCGGCGGCGGCAAGUCGGCGGGUGACGCCAAGGCCGCGGCCAAGGUCAUCAUGGACUUUGAGCGCCAGUUUGCCGGUGUCCAGCUCUCCAAGCUCGAGGCCAUGGAGGCCGUCACGGCCAACUACAACGCCAUGAGCUACGCCGAGGCGGCGACCAAGUACCCGCUUACGGUCGGCAUCCAGCUCGAGGAGUACGGCUUCAACAUCCACAACGGCUGCCUCGACACGAGCAACAAGAUCAUCUUGCAGGACCUCGGUUUCUUUGACCGCGUCGAGAAGCUCGUGGCCGGUCUCUCGCUCACGGACCUCCAGACGAUCGCCGAGUACAAGCUCCUCAACACGUUCUCGACGUCGCUCACGCCGGCCCUCGCGACCGCCAACUGGAACCUCUUUGGCAAAGUCAUCAACGGCCAGAAGGCCGAGCCGACGCGCGAGGCCCGCUGCUCGGCGGACGUGCAGACGGCGCUCGGUGAGAUCGUCGGUGACCACUACGUCAAGGCUAUGUUCGACGCGACGGCUGCCAAGCGCGCCGACGAAAUGGUGCUGGCCCUCGAAGCCUCGUACAAGAUCGGCAUCCAGAACGCGACGUGGCUUGACGACGAGACGCGCAAGAACGGUAUCACGAAGCUCUCCAAGUUUGUGCACUUGAUCGGGGCGCCUGAGAACCCGCAGAUGUACCCUGGCAUCUCGCUCGACGCCAAGGACUAUGUCGGCAACCGCAACAAGAUCAACACGUUCGACACGGAGGCCAACCUCAAGAUGAUUGGCACGCCGGUCGACCGCAAGAAGUGGAGCUCGCCCGCGUCCGAAGUCAACGCGUGGUACAGCCCCCGCCUUAACUCGAUCACGUUCCCGGCCGCGAUCCUCCAGACGCCCUUCUUCUCGGGCAAGUCGGACCCGGCGCAGAACUUUGGCGCGAUCGGCAUGGUCAUUGGCCACGAGAUCACGCACGGUUUCGACAACUCGGGCCGCAACUUUGACGGCGACGGCAACCUCAAGCCGUGGUGGACCGACGAGACCGCGCUCAAGUUCAACGAGAAGGCCAAGUGCAUCGCUGACCAGUACAGCGGCUUUGUGGCCAAGAGUGAAGUGACGGGCCAGACCCUCGGCAAGGUCAACGGCCGCCUGACGCUCGGCGAGACGAUCGCGGACAACGGUGGCCUCAAGACGGCCUUCCGCGCGUACCAGACGUACACGCAGACCAACCCGUCCGCGUUCACCAAGGAGGUCGGCGACAAGGUCUUCUUCCUCUCGUUCGCGCAGGGCUGGUGCUCCAAGAACACGGACGCGUACAUUCAGCGUAUGCUCAAGGAUGUCCACCCGCCGGGUAACUUCCGCAUCUACGGCGCCGUCCAGAACAACGACGCGUUCGCCGCGGCGUUCAACUGCCCUGUCAAUUCGGCCAUGAACCCGACCAAGAAGUGCUACCUCUGGGAGUAAGCGAUUGGACCUUUGUGUAUCUAACUUCACUAAAAAGUAUUGUCAGCAUUUCGUUAUAUCCAA